UUUUCUGUCAUCUUCGCCAUGGUUUUCGGAGGCGAAGUGCUCGCGGACUGGAUAAAGCACGGGUUCAUCAUCAAGUUCAACCAGCUCACGCCCUCUAUCUACGACGAGUAUUCAACUAUUCUCGCAAGCUGUGAUUCCCUGUCGCCAGCCCACCCGCCGCUGACGUGCCCGCCGACCUACACAAUGUGCUUGUCGUCUUCGAAAUGGAAUGGUUUGGUUUCUAGAGAUGUGGCGGCGUUCCGUAAAGACGACGGGUCUACCCUCGACCACACGCACUUCGUCGCGAGACGGUUGGCGUUCGCGACGGUGCCCCUAAACUGUGUCAUGAUUCGAUUCGUUCAGAUGGCGGUGCCGAAGCUGUUGCAGAGGUUACCUGAUGCGCCUCCGUCUGCGCUGUGGGUUUCGGCCAUCCUCUUCUACUUAAUGGCACUCGCCCUCAAGGUCUUGACGGGCAUCAAGCUCAUGGCCGACUCGUGCACGCUGCACCCGGAGGCCGUAAUCUCGAGCUCGGCGGCGGCGUCCUGGCUUCGUUCGCCGGUGGAUGGCGCUCACAAGACACGGAAUGGAGUCGGCUGA